AUGGCCUACUCCCCGCCCCCUAUACUCCUCAGGCCGAUGCCCCUCGACCACCCUCCCCCCGCCAGGCUUCGUGUCAGGCUCAGACUCCCUCCAAUCGCCUCCCAACCCCCUUCGUAUGCCUCGCCCACGAUAGACCCCUCUGCGCCGGGCUCGUCUCGCGGUCGCAUCACAGCACGGGGUCAACCAAGAAAGAAACGCAAGCGCCAGGGCUCGGACACUGAAGAAAGUGAUUACAGCCCUACUCUAUCCAUGCGUGGAGGGGGCAAACCGCCAAAGCCAAAGGGCAAGCGCAAUGCUGCCACACCCGCCCCCCAACAUUCGUCAACCCCGCCCGUGCAAGGCUCACGCAGGACAACACGAUCCAAAGCCAGACGAGCAGACUCGCCCUCGGACCUCAUGACCACCUCAUUGGAAGACAUCAAGAUGGAAGAUGCGUCGGUCAAGUCUGAGAUUGCGAGACUGGGUCUCUCGUUGAGAGACGUGCAAGGCGACGGGAACUGUCUGUUUAGAUGUCUGUCGGACCAACUGUACGGAACAGAGAAACGUCACGCGGAGAUGCGAAGACUCGUCUGUGACUACCUCGCUUCUCAUAAAGACACCAUGGAGGGCUUCGUGGUACCAUUCAUGAAGACCGGCGAAGGAUUUGAAGGAUACGUGAGCCGGAUGAGACAGUCAAAACAAUUUGGAAGUCAUAUAGAGAUACAAGCUGCUGCCCGCAUAUUCAGAAGAGAUAUAAGGGUUGUCAUGUCUACAGCAUCCUUUACGAUACCCUGGCGCGCCGAACCCCCUUCACCAAAUGAUCAUCCUCCUGCCUCAGAUGAUCCUGACGAGCAUCUCGCAGAGGUCUUGCCUGAAUCUGUCCCGCCUCCGCGUGAGGGCCGUACCAUGCUCUGGCUUGCCCUCUUUUCCCAGGCCGAGCAUUUCCAAAGCAUUCGGCGCCGCGGCGACAAGGAAAACGGCUUGGCCGCUGUUGAAGACCGGCUUGCGGUUCCCCAUCAAAGAGAUGUCUCGGAAGCAGCCCGUCGGGCACGGGGAGAGUUAAUCGAGAGAGACAGCAAGGACGCGCCUCAAUCUCGUUCAUCGCUCGUUUCCCAAGUCCUCGCCUCUCUCCCUAGUGGUCAUGGCAUCACCCCACAGCAGGUUGAAAAUGUUAUUGCGCGAGUCAAAGGCAAUUAUGGCGAAGCCGUAGAGAUUCUCUUGGAGGAAGUCGACCUGGAGGUGGAAGACGGAAGCGAGUCGUCAGUCAACGACAACCACCGUGUUGAAGAGAUGCUUCGCGAGCGACCGUCGCUCACCAUGGCUCAUUCGGCCGGGUCUUCUGUGCCUUCUCAAGAAGAUGAUCUUCGCAGACGGUCAUCUUAUCGCGACCCGAAUCCGAGAGCCCCUUCGCCAGCUUUGACCUCGACCACAGACACACGCUCGCGCUCCAACUCUCUUUCCGAUGACAAUACGAGAGAAGACUCUGUCGCCAAAUCUGUCUCCAGUAGCGAUACUACAGUGUCUGAGGGGAGCGAGCUGCCUUCGACCAUCCAGGACUUGACCAAGGCGAGGCCUGGCAGACUCGGCGAGGAUCUCAAAGGCAUGGUUUUGGGGUCGAGAGAAGGAUCGAGCGUCAGCGAAUCCAAAGCUGCCCCAGCUUCAUCGCGGCGUGAAAGCCUGAGGCCUAGAAGCAAAAUGUGA